AUGUCUGUUAGUCUGUGGUCUGACGUUAGCAUCGUAUCGAAACGCUUGUGGGAGAAAAUAGGUAAACCACCCACUGCACCAGUAAAUGAGCUAGCCUCAACAGCGUCAGGCGACCGAUUGCAGUUUUUGUUUAAGUUCAGCAGUCUAGUGUCUUUCAACGGUGAACAACAUCACUGUCAGUUUUACGUGGUCGAAAACCCGCUUUAUCUUUUCGGAAUCGAUUUGAUGGAAGCAUUCGGUCUCUUUACAUUACCCAUUAGCAUGUACUGCAACAACGUCAGUGUUCCUGCUAUCACUUUGCAGUCACUCAAAGCGGCAUACCCGAGUGUAUUUAGAAACGAGUUAGGGUUGUGCACGAAAACAAAAGUGAAAUUGGAACGGAAACCAGAUGCAACUCCAGUUUUUCGUCCGAAACGUCCAGUGGCUUUUGCAGUACACAGCACGGUUGACAACGAACUUGACCGACUGGAACGAGCAAAAAUCAUCACACCGGUAGACUUUUCGGACUGGGCAGCACCCAUCGUCGUUGUCAGAAAAACGAACGGGUCCAUUCGCAUUUGCGGAGAUUACUCUACAGGUCUCAACAAUGCACUGCGGUAUCAGUACCCGUUACCGCUACCGGAGGAGAUUUUCAACAAAUUGGCUAAUUGUACUGUAUUUAGCCGAAUCGACCUGUCGGAUGCGUUCCUGCAAGUAGAGGUUGACGAAAGUAGUCGUGAUUUAUUAACCAUCAACACCCAUCGUGGACUCUACCGGUACAAUCGUUCGCCACCGGGAGUCAAAACAGCACCGGGAGCUUUCCAGCAACUUAUCGAUACAAUGCUGGCAGGUCUUCCUCAUACGUGUGGUUAUUUGGAUGACGUCGUCGUUGGUGGUGUCACUACUGAGACACACUGGGAAAACCUUCGCGCAGUGUUUCAAAGAAUCAGCGAGUUUGGAUUUACCAUCCGAGUGGAAAAGUGCAUCUUCGCUCAGCCUCAAAUCAAAUAUGUAGGUCAUCUGCUUGACCGCAAUGGUCUUCGACCGGAUCCAGCAAAAGUUCAAGCCAUUAACGAAAUGCCAUCGCCCACUGAUGUAUCUGGUGUUCGGUCCUUCCUAGGAGCAAUUAAUUACUACGGAAAAUUUGUUCCUCGUAUGCGCUGUCUGCGGUAUCCUCUUGAUGAGCUGCUCAAAGCGGAUGCGAAAUUCAAGUGGACAGCAGAAUGCCAGGCGGCAUUCAACAAAUUUAAGGAGUUGCUGAAAUCUGACCUACUGUUGACACACUACAACCCUGCACUUGAUAUAGUGGUGUCGGCAGAUGCGUCGUCUGUUGGUGUCGGUGCUACUUUGUCACACAAACUUCCGGACGGCACUCUCAAAGUUGUAUACGACGCUUCCAGAGCAUUAACAGCGGCAGAGAAAAACUACAGUCAGCCCGAUCGUGAAGGACUUGCGAUAAUUUUUGCGGUGACCAAGUUUCAUAAAAUGCUGUUUGGUCGUCGCUUUCAUCUUCAGACAGAUCACGAGCCGUUGCUGAGAAUCUUCGGUUCAAGGAAAGGGAUUCCUGUUUACACAUCGAACCGAUUACAACGUUGGGCUCUUACGCUGUUGCUUCAUGAGUUCACCAUCGAGCACCACGUCAGGCCUGAGGAAGAUUAUGUGAUUGCUUCGGUCUCUCUGGAAAAUGACUUAAGGUCAGUUACACAAGAUGCAUUAACCAUUCUUCCUUUAAGUUUUAGGAUCGUACAACAGUCUACACAGUCCGAUCCUAUUACCAAGGCAGUUUAUCGUUACCUCCUUGAUGGGUGGCCUAAAACCGUUACCGAUGCAGAGCUCAAACGGUUUUAUGCUCGACGUGAAUCUCUUACCACGGUACAAGGCUGCAUACUAUUCGGCGAUCGACUGGUUAUACCAUCGCCCCAUCGCAAGCGUAGUCUUCAUCAACUUCAUCGUGGCCACCCUGGAAUUCAGCGAAUGAAGGCAAUUGCUAGGUCUUAUGUUUAUUGGCCAACUCUCGACAGCGACAUUGUUGAUUUCGUCAAAUCCUGCCGUCAAUGUGCGAUGGCUGCGAAAACACCGCCGAAGUCAGCGCCGUUGUCAUGGCCUAAAUCAACAAAACCGUGGCAGCGCGUUCACCUUGAUUACCUUGGACCGAUCGACGGGGAAUACUACCUGGUUGUCGUAGACUCUUUUUCGAAAUGGCCUGAAAUUGUGCAGACGAGAAGUAUCACUACAGCCGCCACAGUGAAAAUCCUCAGAGAUCUGUUCGCUCGCUUGGGAAUGCCAGAGACACUGGUGAGUGAUAAUGGAUCCCAAUUCACCAGUGCAGAGUUUCAAUCGUACUGUACGAAGAACGGCAUCGAGCAUCUUACAACAGCACCGUUCCACCCUCAAUCGAACGGUCAAGCCGAGCGAUUCGUGGAUACGUUUAAACGAUCGAUUAAAAAGAUUAAGGAGGGGAGAGCGACAAUGUGUGAUGCUCUCAGUACAUUUCUUCAGGUUUACCGGAGUACACCUUGUUUUUCUUCUCCAGACGGCAAAUCACCAGCAGAAGUUUUGUUCGGUCGUCCGAUUCGUACUAGUUUGGAUCCGAUCGUGUACAAUUGGAACAAUCGAGCGAGAUUCAUCCCUUAAAGCGACAAUUCAUCGUUAAGGAUACGGUGUAUGCAAAAGUAUUCGUCAAGAACCAAUGGCACUGGGUUUCAGGAACAGUUUUGGAACGUGUAGGUCGUGCAAUGUACAACGUUCAGCUCGAGAAUGGUAAGCUUAUUCGGUCCCACGUUAACCAGCUUCGAGAUCGUGCUGAUUCAGAGCGUCGCAGAGUACCAGCAUUGACAGAUAGAACGAAACUUCCUCUCAGCAUUCUACUCGAUGCUUGGAACCUUCCGGCCCGUUGCGCACCAGAUCCAUUAGCACACUCAACACCAGUAGCACCCAUUCCAAGCUGCUCUAGUUCGAGCCAGUCGUCAGUACCAAAUACCUUGUUGAGAAGGCCCACAUUGUCAUCAGAGUCUUCGUUGUCAGCAUCGUCUUCGUCAUCUUCGACAACGCCGAAUUCAACAUCAGAAUUUCAGUCUGCUAAUGAAGCCGACUCAGCUGUACAGGUUCCUCGCCGCUCUUCGCGUGUACGAAGAGCUCCGCAAUGGUUCGAUCCCUAUCAGCUGUAUUAGAAGGGGAGAUGUUGGAGACGUGACCAUCCCUACAACUCAAUAGUAAUUGCUGGGCUCACUGGUGGCAGCCCGACUGUCACUCAGUUGAUGCACCGACCAGCAUCCGGUCUAUGUGUCAGAAGCAGAAUGUGAUAUG